UAUUUCGUUUCCUAAGAUCUUCUCUUGUAAUCUCCAUAUGCUCCCUUUUCCACCAGCAUGGGCGGCAGUGGGCGUGAGUGGGUGCAACUCCCAGACCAAGGAGGUGGGCGUGUGUCUCCACGUCUACUUGGAAAGGGAUUUCCUGUCGCUGGAGAGGAUAGUCUAUCCUCGGCAGAUGGAUAUGUACCGCUACGUCCCGGACGAGCUCCGCCAGCCUCUGCCCCCGCUCCCGGAGCUGCCCGACGGAGACAGCGAGUGGCCAGAGCCUCCCGAGAGAGCCACAAAGAAGGAAGGCGAGGAUGCGAGGAACGUCGUCGUGGGCCGCCACCAGCACCUCCUGCAGAAGGAGGGCAGUUCGUGGAGGAGACUGUCCCGGGAGGCGCCGGGAGACUUCGCCGUCAUCGACGCCUACGGAGAGCACGGCUGGGUCGAGGGGCCCGAGCUGGAGGAUUACUGCAAACGUAUUGGCUCUGUCAUCAAGUGCUUUGAGGACAUAUUGAUCGACUGUGACAGUGGAUAUGACUUUUUCAGAUACCGCCACCUCCUGCACUCCCUGGAUCGCGUGCACACCUACCUAUGCAAAACGCCUCACUUCAGAGAGAACAGAUUUCUGCCGUUCCUCCGGCUCAUCGACUGCGCGGAGCGAGCCCGCAUCGAGCAGAGGUCCUGCCAGCGGCCCAACGUCACCGUCAACGUGUGGAACCAGAUUCUGCGGCUGGAGAUCGGCCCGGAGCUGUGCGACUCCCUGAACACCCAGAGGGCGUGCCUCCUGGAGAACGAGUACGUGAGGCGCGAGUGCGGGGGCCUCGAGAAGGAGGAACUGUACAAGAACGUGUCCACCAUCUUCCUAGCCACGUGGUGCAAGCUGCCCCUCCCGCCUCACCUGCUUCCCAGCGCGUCUAGUCAAAGGUCGCCGUCUGUAGCGAGUCUCCUCCUGGUGGCGCUGGCGUGGCUCGUGGACCGAGCUCUGGUCUGGUGACCUCGGCUUGGGCUAAUGCCGGGGAAAUUCUCGUUUUAAGUGUCUUUCUUUCGAUUUUUAGGAAUGUAAGAUUUUUUUUUUGUUGUUCUCGAAAGGGAAUUGUUAGCCUUUCCUCUUUUUUCUUCCUUUUUGUGAUCUGAGGCUGGCUUGCAACGCACCGUUAAUUGUGAUUAUGGAAGAGAGACAAUAGGCAAUCCAAAUAUAUUUAAUGUGGACUCACUGACGAAAGUGAAAUGACAAUGUCAAAGUGUACUUAAGCAUAUGUAGUGAAAUUUAGACCGAGAAAUAGACAUUUCAUCCAUAAUAUUAUCUGCAAAACGAUAAACUACAUAGGGUUAUUCACUGAUAAAAGUGAAUGAUAUUGACAUGCUCUAAUGAAGCACACGCAUAUGUUCUAAUACUGUAUUGCCAUAUUUUUUUUAUUAUUUACAUGUGCUCAAUUAUUCUAUGUAGCAUUUUGUAAGACACAUUAUUUGUGACUUUCAUGAUUUUGUGAUAUGGAAAACAGUGAAGUGUCUUGAUGGAUAUUUAUUAUUAAAUGGACUCAAAUUAUUAUGAUACUGUAAUCUUGAUACAUUUGUUAUACUGUGAUUUCAUUACCAUCAUUAUUUUCAUUACUGCUCUUAUUAUUAUGAUUGGCUUUGUUAUUAUUGU